CAUUUUACACCCCGAGUAGGGUUUACAGUUUUGCCUUAUUUCCUCGGCUGCUUCUCAAAACCCUAAAUAUCUCACUCUCUCGCUCUCGCUCUAAACCCUGCAACUCUCGCAUCGUAGUCUUCAGCAAUGGAAUUCUGGGGUGUUGAGGUGAAAAAUGGAGAGACCCUGAAGGUUGCUCCUGGUGAAAAUAUGGUUUUGCAUUUGUCUCAGGCAUGUCUUGGUGAGACAAAGAAGGAGAAGGCAAAUGAUUCUGUCUGCUUGUUUGUGAAUGUUGAAGGGAAGAAACUUGUUCUCGGAACACUAGUCACUGAUAAGAUACCCCAGCAACAGUUUGACUUGGUGUUUGACAGAGAUUUUGAGCUGUCACAUAACUGGAAAAGUGGAAGUAUCUACUUCUAUGGAUACAAAGCCAGCAACCCUUUUGAUGAGGGUUCAGAGGAGGUUGAAUCUGAUGAAUCUGAUUCUGAAGAGGAUAUACCACUUGUGACUGCCAAUAAUGCAAAACCCAAAGUGAAGGCUAAGCAAGAGAAACCUGCAGAGGCUGUUAAAGCCAAAGGGAAGGAGUCUGAUGCUGGCAAACAAAAGGUGAAGAUCGUGGAGCCCAUCAAAGAUGAUGAUGAUGAUACCAGUGAUGAUAUGAUGUCUGAGGAUGAUGGUGACGAUGACUCUGAGGAUGACGACUCUGAUGAUUCUGGUGAGAGUGAUGAAGAGACACCAAAGAAGGCGGAGCCAAGCAAGAAAAGAGCUGCAGAAUCUGCUACUAAAACCCCUGUCCAAGAUAAAAAGGCCAAAGUGACACCCCAGAAAACUGAUGGAAAAAAGGUUGGUGGUCAUGUAGCCACACCUUACCCAGCAAAGCAGGCUGGCAAGACUCCGGGUAACAAGCCUAACCAGCAGACACCACAAUCUGGAGGAUCAGUGACUUGCAAGAGCUGCCCCAAGACAUUUGGUUCGGACAAAGCUUUGGAAUCCCACACAAAAGCUAAGCAUUCCAACAAAUAACUUGGGGUUUAGAGAAUUUGAAUUUUUGCAGACUUGGCUUAUUAAUAGGGUGUCAUCAAUGUGUAAAGGCUCAGUGGGGUUGGUUGAAAGUCUUCUGCAUGACUGUUUUUCAUGAAUUUUGGAUUGUUGCCUGAAUUAUGCCUAUCUCGUCUCUUUUCUAUUCCAAUUAUUGUUCCAUUUUCGAUC